AUGAUGAAAUUACUUGCAUCUGUCUUUGCCAUUAUAGCUGCAUUCUUCCUUUUGAUUUCCCAAUCAAAUGCCUCCGGUGAAUUAGCAGAAUUACCUGAAAUCACCCACAAAGUUUAUUUCGACAUCACCAAAGGCGACGAACCACUAGGCAGAGUUGUUAUUGGUUUGUUUGGCGACGUUGUCCCAAAGACCGUUGAAAACUUCUACAAGCUCUCGAUCUCAGACGACCCAAAAUUUGGUUACAAGGGCUCUUCUUUCCAUAGGGUGAUCAAGAACUUUAUGAUUCAAGGUGGUGAUUUCACCAACCAUAACGGUACCGGUGGUAAGUCGAUCUAUGGCUCAAAGUUCCCUGAUGAAAACUUUAAACUAAAGCAUGAUAGACCGGGCAUGCUUUCAAUGGCCAAUGCAGGCAAGAACACCAAUGGUUCUCAAUUCUUCAUUACCACCGUCAAAACUCCAUGGUUGGAUGGCAGACAUGUUGUCUUUGGUACUGUUGUUGAAGGUUUUGACGUUGUCCAAGCCAUUGAAAACUCAAAGACCGGUUACGGGGACAAGCCAAAGGAACCAAUUGUCAUUGCAGAUUGUGGUGCAAUCGAAGACAUUGCUGAGCACGAAACUGAACCAAAAGCUAAAGACGAACUAUAA